UCCGCCAGCGGCAGCAAGCUGUUUUUCCUAACGCGUCGAAGAGGAUGGCCCCCCACGAGGUCCUUGUGCUUGUUCGUAAUCUCAACUCCAUUGCGUUCCGUGCAGCGAUUAUCAGGGAGUGCAUAUUUGUGAACAGCAAUAUCAACACGACACAGUGGUGAUGUCCACCCUCCUCGACAUCCCAACCUCCUCCCCUACCCUUCGCAUAGAGGAAGGGUAAUAUGCCAGUGAGUGGGCGCGCAUAUGCCACCUAUCCUUCACACAGACGAAGGGUAAUUUCACAUUUGCCAGUGAUGAUUCUGCCAGUGAAUGACCAGCGUGGGCUCGACUGGUCCGUCACAGAGGAACGGUGCUAUGUCAGUGACGAUGCUGCCAGUGAAUGAUGUUCAGUUCGGUGAUAUCCAACCUCCUCGACGACCCAACCUCCUCAGCUACCCUGCACAUAGAGGAAGGGCAAUAUGCCAGUGAUGAUACUGCCAGUGAGUGGGCGCGCACAGAGGAACGGUAUGCCACCUACCCUUCACACAGACGAAGGGUAGUUCACUAAUUUGCCAGUUAUGAUUCUAGCAGUGAAUGACCAGAGUGGGCUAGUCUGGUUCGGCACAGAGGAACGGUGCUAUGUCAGUGAUGAUGAUGCCAGUGAAUGAUGUUCAGUUCUUCGACUACCAGGACCUGCGGGCAAGGGCUCCUUUUUCCCAAGUUGGGACUGCGGUGGGCCCCUUCACACAGAGGAAGGGUAAUAUGCCAGUGACGAUUCUGCCAGCGAAUGACCAGAAUGGGCCCGUCUGGGCCCGUAUGGGCCCAUGCGCAGGAACGGUAAUACUCAGUGAUGAUUCUGCCAGCGAAUCCCCAGAAUGGGACCACCUGGGCCCAUCUGGGACCACCAGGACCUGCGGGCAAGGGCUCCUUUUUCCCAAGCUGGGACCAUGAUGGGCCCGCACGUGUCCAGAUGGACUUCAGGAAGCCGGUUUCACACCUGGGCUUACUGGGCUCUCUCGGCAGGUCAGGUGCGCAGCUAGUGGUGGGUUGAUAAUUUUUCCCAAGGGGUAUGGCUUUCAUAUGAGUAGAUUGAAUUUCGGAUUUCGGACUACCUCGAAUGCAUUUGACUGAAAUCAUGUCCAAGUUCAAUCGCAAAAAGUGCUUAUGCAAAUGAAUACGGCCCGGUUCCUGACUUUCUGAAUUCGCUCGAUGCGCCUAUCUAUCUUUUUGGCUUUCCUGCUGAUGAGGAAUACUCACACUAGCUAUAUUCCGUAUUAGAUCGAAGUUCGGACUUCCUCGGCUGCAUCUGACUGAAAUCAUGGCCAAGUUCAUUUCAAAAAGUGCUUCUGCGAAUGACUGGGUCCUCUGACUUUCUGAGCUUUUAACCUUUUUAUCUUUUGCCUUUCCUUUCUGAUGAUUUUGCUCCUCCUUCUGCAUCUGCUGCCGCUUUUGCUUCUGCUUCUAACCUUUUCUAACCUCUCCUACCUCGCAUGCAUAUGACCGAAAUCAUGCCCAAGUUCAUUUAAAAAAACGCAUUGACCACGGAAGUGUGGCAGUUUCUUUAUCAGCUUAUGAUCUUCUUCUUGAUGAGGGGACUAGCAGGAUUUUCUUGUGAGGGUGUUGGGCGUUUUUCUUCCGCUGAAUGCUCUGGCGGCUUGUCGGGUCCGUUCUCACUUUUUCAAAGUUUUGUCGGGCCCGUUCUCUCGAUUUUUGAAGUUUUUUUAGGUUUUUUUCCGAAUUUUCAAGCCUUGCCUCCAGGGUCUGGGUUUGCUUUUUCUUUUUUUUUUUGGGUUCUUGCUUUUCAGGACAAGGGCAGGAACUGCUGGUAUAAGGGUGUACUCACACUAGCACUAUCUUAAAUGUAUUUGGCCGCAUGUAUGGCCGCACCUGGAUGCAUCUGGCAGCAAUUCCGUCCCGAAGUAAGUAAAAAAAACUUUUAGAAAAGUUCUAGUGUGAGCAUGCCCUGGUGUAGUGUUGACAAAGUGAUAACUUUUUUUUCCAGUGGCAUCUGGCUGCAGUGUCUUCACGUAGAUGCAGGUUUUGCUAUUGGGAACUUUUUGAUCCAUUCUGGAUGGUGUGCCUGUGUGGCAGCUUGAGCUGGGAUAGCAAGCGCACUUCACAAAUGUGAUCCACAUAUCAGGCCUCAUUGAUUUGACUUCUCUCUCUCUCUCUCUCUCUCUCUCUCUCUCUCUCUCUCUCUCUCUCUCUCUCUCUCUCUCUCUCUCCCCCUGUGUGUGUGUGUGUGGUACCAGAUUGUUCGAGGUGUGGGUGGGAACUUUGUGGGCUACCUUUGUUUUCUAAGCGCAUGGAGUAAAGGCCCAGUGCGAGU